UGACAUCGCAGCUCAGCUCCCUGUUAAACACAAACAUGGCUUCAGCAUCGUAUUGCACUGAACUGAGGGUGGUGCUGGUGGGUCAGGAGAAAGUUGGGAAGAGUUCAGUAGGGAACACCAUCCUGGGAAAGAAGGAGUUUGACUCUAGGAUCAGUUUUACCCCUGUGACUCAGCGUAGUGAGAGGAAAGAAGUUGUUGAUCGGGGUGAGAGCACAGAGAAUAAAGGAACUAAUGUUCAGGACCAGAGCAGUAAAAAGAGAAAAGCUGCUAAUCAGAAUCACAUCAGUGACAAGGAAGGAGCUGCUGUCCAGGGCCCGAGCAGUGACAAGGAAGGAGCUGCUGUCCAGGGCCCGAGCAGUGACAAGGAAGGAGCUGCUGUCCAGGGUCCGAGCAGUGACAAGGAAGGAGCUGCUGUCCAGGGCCCGAGCAGUGACAAGGAAGGAGCUGCUGUCCAGGGCCCGAGCAGUGACAAGGAAGGAGCUGCUGUCCAGGGCCCGAGCAGUGACAAGGAAGGAGCUGCUGUCCAGGGCCCGAGCAGUACUAAGAGAAAAGCAGAUACUUGGGGUUGCAGGGUCUCUGUGGUUGACACCCCUGGACUCUUCAGCACUCAGCUGUCUGAAGAGAAGAUCAAAAAAGAGCUGAAUAAAGCACUUAAGCUGAGCUCUCCAGGUCCUCAUGUCUUCCUUCUUGUCCUCCAGCUUGGAAGAUUCACCCCACAAGAGCAGGAAGGACUGAAAGCUCUGCAGAACAUGCUGAGUCCUGAUGUCUCCAAACACACCAUGGUGCUGUUCACCUACGGAGAUCGACUGGAAAACAGUGACAUCGACAUGGAGAAAUUCACCAAAGAGGACGAGAACAUCCAUAAGCUGCUGAAGAGCUGCAGUGGUGUGUACCAUGUGUUCAACAACAAGAAGAUGGAAAACAGGGAUCAGGUCCGAGAGCUGCUGGAGAAGAUAAAUUCCAUCUGUGAGGGAGGACAAUCAUACUAUAAAGGUCUCAGUCAGGGUGGUCAGUCUGGUGUUUAAUACCCCGGGAUUUUUAUUCUGGCCAGUUUGGAAUUCAGGAAUAAGUCUUUGGAUUGGCCUCAAUCAUUAUCUUUGCUCUAUCUGCAUUUAUGGGCCUAAAGUUUAGGCAAUAGUAGAGGUGACCAUAUUUAGAAGGACCUGUAAGCAUAGUCGAUAAAUGAAU